GUGAAGACAGGUGAGAGGUCUCACCUCCACCUCCUCCCCCUCCCCGAGAUAAAGAGACUCUCCGUCGAGUACUCUAGGGUGGCAGAGACGCGAGAGUCUGACACGUUCCGCUUCGUAUCCCGCAGACCCCGCGGACCUCGUGUCGCGUGUCUCCUCUCUCCGUCUCUCUCGCUUCUCUUCGCGCUAUUUCGUCUCGUGUCGCGUCUCUCUGCGUCGAGACGAUAGCGUCUCUGUUGCGUCUCGCGUAGCUGUGUCUCGUGUCGGUCGCGUCUCUGUGCGUGUCGCGUCUCUGCGCGGUGUCUCGUGUCGCGUCUCUGUGCGGCGUCUCGUGUCGCGUCCUUGUGUCGCGUCUUUGCGCAGCGUCUCUGUGUCGCGUCUCUGUGCGUGUCGCGUCUCCGCGUCGCGAUGUCCGGCACGGGGGGUGAGAGCCGCGGUUUCGCCGCCGUGCUCUACAGCGAGCCCGGCGUGCUCGGCCUCCUCGCCAACGCCGUGAGCGCGCUGCUCGUGGCCAUGCACAACUUCUCGUCGCACCGCGCUGCAGAGCAGCUCUCACCCACCAACAACAUCCUGUCCGGCGUGCACCUGGUUCUCAUCGGCGGCGUGACCCAGCUGGUGGCCGGCCUCCUGACCUUCCGCAAGUUCGACCACCUGGGCGGCACGGCUUUCCUGGCCUUCGCCGCACUCUGGAGCGGCUUCGGAGCUUCACGAAUCAUCUCCGGGGCCGUGACCCUCGCCGCCGCCGUCAACUCGACGGCCAACAACCUCACGGCCUUCGCGGUCGUCCAGAACGCGACGGCUCCCGACGCGUUCGUGUCGGACACGGCGGUGGCGAGCCUCGUGGCGUACAUCUGCGUGUCGGCCAUCCUCGCCUUCUGCUCCGCCACGGCCAACUACAUCAUGCCGCCCGUGUUCGGGGCCAUCACCGCCGUGCUGGUGUUCGAGGCCGUGCUGGCCGCGUACCCGCUGGGCUGGGCGGCUCCCGUGGCGGGCUCCCUCGAGUUGAUCAUCCUCGCGGCGGGCCUCUACGGCUCAGUGGCGCUGCUGCUCAAGGGCAUCACGCAGCGCUACGUGCUGCCGGGCUUCGGCAACGCGCUCUUUAACGUCCUGCUGCUGGGCGCGGGCAAGGCGGCGAGCGGAGGCGGCGGCGGCGGUGGAGGCGGUGGCGGCGCGGGUGGCAACGAGCGCAAGAAGAACACCAAGUACGCCGAGCCCAUGGCGCUCUGCUGUCUCUGCGACGCCGUCGCCGCCGUGAUCCUCGCCUUCUACUGCUUCGGUUUCCCGCACACGUUUACCGCGGGCGCGCUCUGGCUCAGCGUCAACUCCGGGCCGCAGCUGCUCGCCGCCUACUACGCGUUCCUGCGCGAGGACGCGUACCACGGGGCCAAGUCGGUGCUGCGCUGCGUCUUCUGGCUGGUGCACGCGUGGCAAGAAUUCGUGGUGUCCACCGAGCAGGUCGCCCUCGCCUCGGCUGCCGCGGGCGAGCUCGACUCGGCGCAGCUGGCGAUGGUGGGCGACUGGUUCCUGCUGGUGGCGGCGGUCGUGCUGCUGCUCGUGUCGCUGGACAGGGACGUCCUGGAGACCGCCGAGAAUUCGACCUUCGCGCUGCUCGCCGUGGCGGCCAUCCCGCAGAUCCCGGCGAGGGCGCGCUACGCGUUCCUGGGCGCCGCGUGCUGCGCGCACGCCGCCGUGAGCCUGUACGCGACGUUCGCCCGGCUCAUCAACUCCAUCGCCGAGAAGCCGCUCGUCCCCAUCGGAGCCGUGCCCCUCACCACGCAGCGCCUGCGGGCCUUCCUGGGCGCGCUCCGCAGGUGCUGCUGCAGCAGCAGCAGCGGAAGCAACGACGAGGCGGGCAACAACCAGCCCGGCCCCUCCAUGGCGCAGCUGUCAGACGCCGCGUUCUACCUGUGCAACGGCGUGGCCGCGAUGUCCGCGCUGCACUCGACGGAGCCGCUCCGCGCUCGCCUCUCCCUGCCCUGGGUGCUGCUGCCCGGGGCUCUGCUGCAGCUGUUUGUGGCCCGGGUUGGACUCCUGCGCCCGGCGUCCGGCGGAUCCGUGAUGCCCUUCUGCUACGCCGCCUUCUGGGCUGUGUGGGCUUGGCUGCGGCUGGCGGGUUUCUCCCUGAAUAUUUCUCCAGGCGAUGACACGGGGUUCACGGCAGGGGCAAUCGCUGGUCUCAUCAUCAACAUGUUCCUGAUAUUACUGGCCGCGUACGGGAACCUCGUCCUCCUCUUCCACACGCUCGUCAUGCAGAUCCUCGUCGUCUGCCUCCUCCUCUUCACACUCGAGAGCCUCCCCCAGCCACUAGAGGACGUGAUGCUGGCGCUGCUGGCGCUCAGCUGUGUGUACGGGGCACUCGCAUCGGUGUCAAACUGCGUCUUCGAGAGGCAGCUGCUGCCCCUGGGACGCGCCCUGCUGCGGGCCCCCGCCAGCCGCAGCUCGCAGACCCCCGCGGCCCCCCCGUGCGUGACCCCCGUGUCGCGGCGCACGAGCGGCCUGCGCGAGAUCGCGGAUCUGCUGGGGCGAGGGUCGGUGUGCGGGGUCCCCACGGACACCGUGUACGCGCUCGCCGCCUCGUGCCGACACCCGGGGGCCAUCGAGCGCAUCUACGCCAUCAAGGACCGGCCCCAGGAGAAGCCGGUGUGCAUCUGCAUCUCGAGCCUGGAGCAGCUCGCGUCCGUGCGCCCCCCCUUCAGCCCCCUGCUCUGGGAGUUCAUGAGCGGCGUCUACCCGGGGGGCAUCAGCUGCAUCGUGCCCAAGGGGGACUGGCUGCUGCGACUCGGUGUGGGGGAAGCGUACGACCUGGUGGGCACAGCGGACAGCAUCAUGAUCCGCGUGCCGGACAGCACCGUGGCGUCGCACCUCGUGUCCAUGACCGGCCCCAUCGCCAUCACCUCGGCCAACCCGAGCGGGGAGCCCGACAGCACCCACCACGACAUGGUCAUCCGGCGCCUGGGCGACAAGCUGGACGGGGUUCUGUGCGACGGAGACUCCAACGAGUCGGUGGCGUCCACCGUGGUCAACUGCCUCGACAUCGACGGGGAGGGAAUCCGCAUCCUGCGUGAAGGCUGCGUCCCGGCGGCCAAGGUUCACCAGAUCUUCGAGCGAGUGAAGGCGCAGAGAGAUUGAGGAGGCGAUAGGCGACCCAGACAGGAGUGAAGACCGGGAGUGCAGAUGGAGUCACAAUCACGGGGGGGGGGGGGGGGGGGGGGCAGGGGAGGGCGAGGUGGUGCAUCGGAAAUAAUCUUGGUUGAAGAUUAUCAAAAAACUAAUAUUGCGUUGACACUCAACUUCUGGAAUUAAAACAAUUAAUUCGGGGGUUGGGGGGUGAUGGGUACACGUCGCGGGCUGUGUAAUGUUUGAACGUAGGCCAGCUGCUAAAGUGCGCGCCUGGAGGUUUGCAGCAAGGGCAGUGAUCGCAUUAUUAAAGUAUGACAUGCGAUUUUUGGCAAGUGGAAUUGCCGAGUACGUACAGAAGAUAAUGAGUGUAUAUUUGUUUGUACAUAGCAUCUGAUAAAAAAUGUCUAUUUAAUACCAUUAAGGUUCGAUAAACUGUUAUAGUCUGAGUCUCAAACUGCUCUUCAAUGCGUCGCCAUCGAUAUGCAAAAAAAACGAAACUUGAACUCGCGAAAAUCGCGUCUCGUCGUGCGCAUUGAACGCGGCCCGGUUCGCGUUACAACCUUCUGGCGCUAGAGACCGCUACAAUCACUACAAUGUAAAAAAAAAACGUUUAAAUUAUGAAAGAGUCGCUCCUCCGUUUACAUUUAUUCCCGACUGCUUAUGUGUGUGGAUGGUGGCACCGACUCCAUGCAUUGACUAAACGAUGGUGUUUGUUCUCACGAUUAGCUGCCAAUGACAAUGAUAAUUUUAUGAUGACGGUGUUGGUUAUAAUGUGGUGAGGAUGACGAUGGUGAUGAUUGUUGUAUGUGUGCUUGUUGAACUUACGCAACCGACCGUGCUAAUCGCAGGUGCAGGGGAAGCACAACAAACUAACAGAAACAAACUACAGUUCUAAAGAAGUGAGUUUUAAAUGUAGAUUUAAAAGUGCCUACCUCCAAUGGCUUCCUAACAUUGGGAGGAAGAGCGUUGUGAUGAUGAAUUGUUGAUGAUUGCGAUAGACAGGAUGUUGGUAAAUAAUGUGGUGGUGAUGAUGGUGAUGGUUAUGAUGGUGCUUGUUAUUGAUGCAUGAUGAGAGUGGUGAUGAUGAUGAUGAUGAAGUAAGGAAUCAGGGAACUAUAAUUGCGCAAAUGUCCCAGUGCAAUAAUGAUUAUGGGAUGCUCAAAACAUAAUGUUCGUUGUGUUGUUGUUGUGCAGCGAGGGGCGCAUGUCGUGAUCGCUAUUUAUUCUGUGCUGUACACUGGUGUUGUGUUGUUGUGCCUAUGGACGGUGCUGGAUCACCAACAAAUACAAUGCAUUUCACCAA